UGCGUUGCUUAACUUCAUCACUGUCAGCUUCAACCUAUUUUAUCCGGGGAUGAAACUUCAGCUGGGUAGGCCCAUCAAAGAAAGAAGGAACGGGGUGGCUAAUCGACCUUCUGCCCAAUAGCUUUGCUAUCACGCUUAUCCAGCAACAUAUAGUAGGAUGGAAACGUUCCAGAGUCCCAUGAUGGUUAAUCGAACUAUUUCUUGCGCCUUUCCUUCCAGACAAUCCAAGCAGAUUUUUGGGGUUUCAAAUUCACGUCUCUUGUUCAUUUUUCUGAACCGAUCACCUCCCAGACCAGUCUCCUUCAAAAUCGAAGCAAAUAAUUCGAAUUUCACCUUCUCUUACCUCGUAGGUUCUUGUGGGUUGGCUCCAGAAGCUGCUACUUCGGUGUCGCAGAAGGUACAACUGCAUUCAAGUGAGAGACCAGACUCCGUCCUAACCCUGCUCAGAGAACACGGCCUCUCAAAAUCCCAGAUUUCAAAUGUCGUCAGGAAGCGUCCAUCGCUCCUUUUAGCUAAUCCCAACCCAACCAUUUUGACAAGAAGCCUGGAGAAACAGAUAAUUCCUUCUUAUAAUUUCCUCAAAAGUGUGUUGCUGUCUGACGAGAAGGUUGCUUCUGCCUUGAAGCGCACGUCAUGGAUUUUUCUGGAAGACCAUUCGAAGAAGCUCUUACCGAAUAUCUCUGUUCUGAGAGCAACAGGCGUGCCAGAAUCAUGCAUUGCAUUGUUGCUCGCUCAUUUUCCUGAGACAUUAAUCCAAAAGAAUGGCCAAUUUGUAAAUGCUGUCGAAGAGAUUAAGGAAAUGGGAUUCGAUCCAACCAAGUCGACAUUCGUGUUAGCGAUUCACGUAAUGGCAGGUAAUAAAUCGAUAUACAAUCGCUGUGUCGAGGUAUACCAGAGGUGGGGUUGGUCAGAGGAGGAGAUUCUAAUGUCAUUCAGAAAGCACCCGAAUUGUAUGCUUCUGUCGGAGGAUAAAAUAACGAAAGCAAUGGACUUCCUCGUGAACAAGAUGGGUUGGCCUUCGAGGAUGAUAGCGAGUUGCCCAGUGGUGUUGUUUUUCAGCUUGGAGAAGAGAAUCAAACCGAGGUGUUCAGUUGUUCAGGCUCUGCGAUUGAAGGGGUUGAUCAAAAAGACUCUGAGCUUGUCUACUGUGUUGUUGCCGGACAAGAAACGUUUUGUGGAGAAGUUCGUGACCAAGUAUGAGCAUCAGGUGUCCGACUUGUGGAGUAUCUAUGAGAUGAAAGUGGAUUUUAAGAGCGUCAUUUGAAUGUCAUUGCAACUUCCCAUUGAAUGCAUUAAACAGCAUUUUUUUUUUUGGGAGAAUCCUAGUUCUGUAAUGAACCAUGUUACUGCUCUACAGAAGAGUAAUCUGGUUUGAGUGCU